AGCCUCUUCCUCUCAAGCAAGCCAAAUUCUUCUUCUUCUUCCAGUCAACCCGCUUAUAGCUUCUUCUUGCUCUUUCUGUUACUACUUCUGCUUAUUUUAUAUUGGGCUGAUCGAUCAGAUAUGGGCUGUCUUGUGGGGCUCAUGUGCUACUUUUUUGAUAUGAAAAUCAUCAGUCUUCUGGAGGAGAAGAGGAUUCACCCGGAUUUCUCUGACCCCGAGGUUAAUGAAGUUGAUAUCUACGAGUUCGACCCUUCUGACUUGCGUGGGCUCUCUGAAAGUGACUCCGAUGAACAAGGAUGGUACUUUUUCUGUCAGCCUUAUUAUAAGUAUGCGAAGAGUAAACGUGCCAACCGACGAACCCCUGGAGGUUAUUGGAAAAUAACUGGGAGAGGUUGUGCUGUCAAGAAUAAAAGAGGGCAAGUCAUCGGCAGCAAAAAGAACUUGGUUUUUUACAGACUCGGUGGUUCUUCCAAGGAAGUCAAGACUGACUGGGUUAUGCAUGAAUUCUAUGUUAAGGAUGAGAAAGACCCGCGUUACCAGAAGGAUUUUGUUCUCUGUUUCAUAGAAAAAAAAUCAAACAAGUCUGGCGUUUCAACUCCUGAUGAUGGCCAACCAAGUGACUGUUUGUCUUCUGAUUGUAUAAGCCAAGUUACAGAAUGUCCUCAUAUAGAGGUUGAAUCGCAGCAGCCAUCAUCAAGUCACCGUUUGAGUUAUGAUUCUGGAGAGAAUAUUACAGAAAUUUCUUUUUCAGGAGUGAGAAAAGCUUGCCUUGCUUAUGGAUAAUUCCCAGUUCACAAAACUAAUACUUGUUUUUGUUUCUCUAUGAUUCUUGUUUCAGGUGGAACCUCAACCACUGCAAACUGCCAAUUUGGUGGGGGAUCCAGGAAGUUUGUUUCGUGAAAGUACUAACUCAUUGAUAGAAUCUCAACCGCUAUUGGAUAACAAUUUUGUUCCUG